GGGCCGAGGAGCGUGAAGGAUUAUAUUACUGAAUACAAGAUGACCGCCCUCGGCUUCUUGAGAUACCAUGUGUAUGGUGAUAAGGAGGAUGACAUCCAACUCUGGCCGAGGAUGACCACCACCUUCGAAGAGGCCGACGGCCCGGACUUGGGCAUUCCUGCUGAGGCCGAUGGUAUUAUUUCUUCGGCUUUCUGUCUUUAUGAUUUGUUCUUUUGCCCUGCUAAUCUGUUGUUUUUCCUUUGUGUAGAUUUUGUCAUGGACCAUCGCUCCAUCAUGGCUAUAGCAAAGGCCAAGGCGGCCGAGGAGUUGGCCGCAGAGGCGGCCGAGACGGCCAGACGUGCCGCGGCCGAGGGAGGUGGGGCUACUGCUGGUGCGGCCCCAAAGCCUGCCCAGUCCAAGAAGAAGAGGCCGGCCACUGACGGCCAGAAGAAGUUGACUGAGGCCGGCCUGAACGUUGCCAAGAAGACAAAGAGGGCAUCGUCUCCUUCCCCUGCUACCGAGGCCGGUACUCUGACUGUCCCAAGUGUGGACGAUAGUGGUCCCCUCGUGGACCUUACUGCUGCUCCAAGCGAUGCCGCCCAAUCGCUCCCUAUCGUCCAGGAGCCACGGACGAAGAGGGCUGGCAAGGAGAUCGCCGCUGCCACCUACCAGAAGGUGUGGAAUACCCCGUCGGCGGGGGUGUGUUUGACGAUGCUGUCCUCGGCCACGAUGUGCUGGCCCAGGCCAUGCCGGCCAAAGAUCGGGCUUACCUUAAGAAGCUCGGGGACGUGAAGGUGUACGAGGGCGGGAUGGACCUCCUCGUCCAAAGUGUCUUUAUGCUCAU